GCUCCCGCCGCCCACGAGCCUGCUCCCGCUGUCCACUCACCGUGAGCCAUAAUGGACCGUGUAGUAGAUGUCAGCUUGCGAUAACGGUCGGUGAUGGAGUUCCUCUUCAAGACCGAUGUCGCUGGCUCCUCUCAGCCCCACCUUACUGCGCCUGGCGCUGGUCCUGCUACUGUGCCCUGCGGGCGCGCCGGUAGAGGGCGCGCGCAUCUUAGUGGCUCUGCCGCUACGCGCAGUCAGUCACUUUCGGCUGCAGCAGCCGCUGUUGCACGCGCUGGCCGCCAGGGGUCACCAGCUCACCGUCAUCUCACAUUUCCCCCAGCAGCCGCCGCCGCCUAAUUACACCGACAUCAGCCUCAAUCGCGGCGGCUACCAAGGCCACGUUCCACCGCCUUACCUGCCAGUGCAGGAGGCUACCCUGGUGUCCGGGGUGCGGGACUGGGCUAAGCUGUGGUCGCUCACGGCCGACUACUGCCGCGCCGCCUACGCCGCACCCGCGGUGCGCCGGCUGCUCGCCUCGGCCGCCCAGUUCGACCUGCUGCUGGUGGAGGUCUUCUCCGGGGACUGCAUGGCCGGCCUCGCCCGCCGCUUCCGCGCCCCGCUGGUCGCCGUCGCUUCCUGCGUCGCCCCGCCCUGGGCCCGCGACAGGAUGGGCACCCCUGACCAUCCAGCCUACAUGGAGAACUUCUUCCUGCCGCUGGUGGCACCGCUGGGUUUCUGGGAAAGGACGGCCAACACAGCGUUCUACCUGCUGUCGAGACUGGGCAACUGGUGGCUGUCGGAGCGGGAGAUCGACGCUGUGGAGCGGGCUGAGCUGGGCAGCGGGGCGCCGCCCACCAGCCAGCUGGUCCACAGCACCAGCCUGCUGCUGCUCAACAGCCACUCCAGCGCCAACCAGCCCGUGCCGCUCAUGCCUGGCGUGGUCGAGGUUGGGGGUCUCCACAUACAACGGCCUAAGCCCCUGCCAAAGGAGCUGCAGCAGUUGUUCGACUCGAGCGAGCGCGGCGUGGUGUACUUCAGCAUGGGCACGCUGCUGCGCGUGGACAGCCUGCCCCGGGAUCAGCUGCGCGGAAUACUGCGGGCGUUCGCGUCGCUGCCGCAGCAGGUGCUCUGGAGGGCCGACCACACGCUGCUGCCGCCGCUGCCGCCCAACGUUCACACUUCCGGCUGGUUGCCGCAGAACGACGUCCUCAACCACCCCAAGACGGUGGCGUUCAUCACGCACGGCGGGCAGCUGGGCCUGCAGGAGGCGGUGUGGGCGGGGGUGCCCCUGCUGGUGGUGCCCGUCAGGUCCGACCAGCGCCACAACGCCGCCGCCAUGAGCCGCCGCGGCGUCGCCCUCACCCUGACCGUGGGCCAGCUGACAGAGCACAGCCUUCGUGACGCUCUGGACAGCCUCAUCAACGACACCAGCUACCGAGAGCGCAUGAGGGAGCUGUCGGUGCUCUUCCGGGACCGCCCCCGGCCGCCUCUGGAGGAGGCAGUCUACUGGGUGGAGUACGUGCUGAGGCACCGGGGGGCGCCGCACCUGCGCCCCGCCACCCUGGACCUGGCCUGGCACCAGCACCUGCUGCUGGACGUCGCCGCCCCCGCCCUGGUCACGCUGCUGCUCGCGCUGGCGGCCGCCUACGCCGGCCUGCGCUGCCUGCUGGGGGCUCUCUGGAGGGGCGGAGCAGCGAGGCGGCAGGAGGUCAAGAGUGACUGAGCGACAUAGGGCAGCGCUGGUCCUCCGGCCCAGCUAAAGUCGCACGUAUAACAUCCAGAGGCGAUGCCUAUGUGCAAUGAUACUUGUUGGUUGGGCGUGUUCUGGUACAGAGUUAGAGUUGAAGCUACAGUUACUGAGUUAUCACCUGAGAUUUUUUCAACAGCAGUUCCCAAGAACAGUCAUAUUUUCGGAAAGUUGGCUACAUUUCGCUAGGAAACACUCUGUAAUACUGACUGACCAAGUUCCACCGAUAAGUAAAUGAAACUUGUAAAUGCAGCCCGUCAGAUGUAUUAUGCAAGAUUUUUCCAUGCAGCAUCAUGCUUUUACACAUUUUGUUUUUAAUUUCUGUGCUCAGAAAGUACAAUCAUUACGACGAAAAAUGGAAAGUAAUUUUUUUUAUUGAAUCCUUAAUCUAAAU